CAGCCAUAUCGUGAGAUUGGGUCCAGUGCCACGAGCAAAGUCUUUGAGCAGCCAGGUACCCCGUGGGCGUUCAAGAUCCUCAUUAUUGAUCAAGCUAUGAAGCUAUGGAACAACUACACUAUGCAAAUGAGGGCUUACGACAGCUUUGUUGGAGUUGCCAAGGUGUUUUCACGCCGGCCGCGCAAUGUGCUCUGUAUGGAACGCAUCCUUCCUCUUCCUCAGGCGGUUCGUGACGCGCUGAUUGACCUCUUCGGCGAUCCUACGAGCAUGAUGGCUGCCAAAAACGACCCCUCUAAUGCCGACUGUCUGGUUCACAUAUUGCUAGGCAGCAAG